AUGGCCAGAUAGAAAAUGCUUACCCUUGCAUCUCCCAUCUUUUUUUUCACCUAUAAAGAAUGGAAAAUAAAUAAUUUUUUGGAUUCUGGAGAUUAUUAGAGAGUUGAAGUAGUAACGGAUUAUUCCAAAGUGAUGAGAAUUUUUUUGGAAAAGAUUUAGGAACAUUCAAAGUCCAUCGAGGAAGUAUAUAAAUAAGUACCUUUUAGUCUGUUUUAUACUUUUGAAGCUUUUAUAAUCUUAUAGAUCUUCAUUAAUAGAUGGUGUAAGGAAUUUAUGAUAUUUAAGAUGUUUCAAAUUUCACGCAGCUUUUUGAAGAAAGGUUUAGGCAGUAAGCUUCGACUUUACAUCAUAGACAUGAGCGAAGGAAGGGUCUCUAGUCGUUUCACAUCCGAAUCAACCUAACUCUACAUAUCAUCAAUUAAUAAUAUAAAUCACAAUUAUUCUCGAAUCAACCAAUCUAAAAGGUUCUUUUAUUUUUCAUUUGA